AUGAAUCAAGCGGUGGGGAAGCGAGAGCAAACCCAACAGGACGAUGGGCUUUGCCAUCCAGAUGACGUCAAGCGUGCAGCUGGACAAAAAGUCAAGAAAGGUUCCUUCCCUCUCCGGUUUGAUUGGCUUUCCUCACCUCCCUUUCUUCUUGAAAAUCUCACCUUUCCUCCUACAUUAAGGGCAAUGGCAAAUCCUCUGUAUUUUGCCACUCUUUUCUUACUUGUUGCUGCUGUCUCUCAGGUUAUUGCAGUGGAACCAGUUUCCAAGCUCAAGCUCAACUCUAGGAUCCUUCAGGAUUCAAUUGUUCAAAAAGUUAAUGAAAAUCCCAAUGCUGGAUGGGAAGCUACCAUGAACCCUCAAUUUUCCAAUUACACGGUUGGCGAGUUCAAGUACCUUCUUGGAGUCAAACCAACUACCAAAAAGGAACUGAGAGGCGUUCCUCUUGUAAAACAUCCAAAAUCCUUGAAAUUACCAAAAGAAUUUGAUGCAAGAACCGCUUGGCCACAAUGUACUUCCAUUGGAAGAAUUCUAGAUCAGGGCCACUGUGGAUCUUGUUGGGCAUUUGGAGCUGUUGAAUCACUAUCUGAUCGUUUUUGCAUCAAUUUAGACAUUAACGUUUCUCUAUCUGUCAAUGAUCUCUUAGCUUGUUGUGGCUUUAUGUGUGGAGAUGGUUGUGAUGGGGGUUAUCCAAUUAUGGCAUGGAGAUACUUUGUUCAAUCUGGUGUUGUCACUGAGGAGUGUGAUCCAUACUUUGAUGAUAUUGGCUGUUCUCACCCUGGUUGCGAGCCAGGAUACCCAACUCCACUGUGUGAAAGAAAGUGUGCCAAUAAGAACCAACUCUGGAUGGAAUCGAAGCACUUCAGUGUUAAUGUAUAUAGGAUCAAUUCUGACCCCCUCGAUAUUAUGGCUGAAGUUUAUCAGAAUGGACCAGUCGAGGUCGCCUUCACUGUUUAUGAGGAUUUUGCUCAUUAUAAAUCAGGAGUUUACAAGCACAUAACAGGUUCUAUCAUGGGAGGCCAUGCUGUUAAGCUUAUUGGUUGGGGGACUUCUGAUGAUGGGGAGGAUUAUUGGCUUCUCGCAAAUCAGUGGAAUAGAGGCUGGGGAGAUGAUGGUUACUUCAAGAUAAGAAGAGGAACAAAUGAGUGUGGUAUUGAAGAGGAUGUUGUUGCUGGUUUGCCCUCAACCAAGAACCUCCAUAGUGGGGUUGCCAGUAUUGAUACCCGUGAGCAUGCUUCCGCUUGA